AUGCAUAGUUUCAGAGGGGAAGAAACGGAAUUAGGAGAAGAAAUCAAUGUAUUCGCGCAAGAGAAUAUCCCAUCGUUCAUGGUUCCAGACACCAUCGAAUUCCUAUCUGCGUUCCCACUCACUCACCGUGGGAAGGUUGAUCGACCACCAAUAGCGAAGAUGGCAUGCGACCGAAAGACACAUAUACAGAGCCAACAACAGGCAAAUAUUGCCCGCAGGGGUGCAUCUAAUAUUUCGUCUCUCGCCCAGCUUUGGAAGGAUGUCCUGGGAGUGACUCAUGUCCACGAACAAGACGAUUUCUUUUUAUCGGGUGUCAGCUCUAUACAAUCCGCUGCAUUCAUCACCGCCAUCUACGACCGAACAGGGCACCUCAUUACCACGGAUGAGCUCUAUCAUAACUCAGAAUUAGGAGAACUGGAAAAGCUUCCUUAUCUCAGAAAUUUCAGAGACCAAGAAAUUCCAGAUGAUACAAUGACCUGUAAGAGAGAUAUUGAUCUCGUUGACGACCUGUCACUUGUUAUCGACUGGGAGUCUGAAGAUGAAGGCAAAGUCUUCAUUACUGGGGCGACCGGCUUUGUCGGAAUCAAUAUGCUGAGAGACCUAUUGGAUCGACCAAGGGUGAAACAAGUUGCAUGUCUCGUCCGGAAGAAAGGAAACUCAACCGCAGAAUCCCGCGUCUAUGCUGAAUUGGAGCGAUACGAUUUAUUUUCAAUAGCAUCCCCCGGUAUCAUGCAAAAGAUCAUGGUACUUGAGGGUGACAUGGCAGAUGAUAAUUUAAGCUUGGGCGAAGAGACUUUCAAGUGGUUAGCCAAUUGGGCUAGUGUCAUCUUCCAUAUCGGCGCGAAGGUCAACUUUUGCGAUACAUACCAGCAACACUAUCGCGAUAAUGUUUUAGGGACUCGCAAUGUGCUAAGACUCGCUGCAACGGGGCGUCGCAGUGCCUUGCAUUAUAUGUCCAGUAUUGAUGUAUGGGGCCUACGGGCUUCAUUACGGGUACGAGACAGCUUCUUGAGAACGGGCCACUUUUACCGCAUCUUCAGGCUAUGCGAUAUGAUAUCGGAUACGGUCAGAGCCAGUAGACGGCCGAUGGCAUGGUUCGGCGCAUGCAGGAGAGAGGACUUCCAGCUGCAAUCUAUCCCCUGA